AUGAUUGAAUUGCAGGGUGAAAUUAUCAAUAAAAGCGGCGGGACUCUUGAUGGAAAAUUUAUUGGUGAUCUACAUUUUACAAAAGAGAAUGAGCCUGUUUUAAUAAUUGGUCACCACCUCCUACAAGGGAAGAUCGUUAAAUUCCCAAAACCCUUUGCAGUUAUUCGUCGGGAACGGAGUGGUGCUGGAAUAAAUAUUUCUGUCACUGCAGUUAUUAAGACGAAGAUCAUCUUCCGCUCUCGUCCAAAACCAAUUAUAUGGAUCCAAAAGGACAAGUCUUAA